AGCAAUGAUAUGUUUUAACAUUUUGAUCGCUACAAACAGAUAGUUUACUUUAAGUUAAUAAAUAAAUAUUAUAUCAAUAUAUUUGUACAUUUUUGCAGAGGAGAUAAAAACAUCCGUUAUUAUUCAACUCUACUUGUGUUCUACUAUAAACUGCGGUUUUUGAGUUGUUUGAAGACGUGAACACUUGAAGAUGGUAUUUAUAAUAUCGAAAAUGAAUUGUGUGUUAUUUUUGUAUUGGAAUUGUAGCCUGAAAAUCAACGGAAAUAGACAAACAUAACUCAGGCUAAUUACAAAACUUGAUACGUUCGAUGAGAUAUCAAUUACAAGAACUUUGAAUAUGGCAACAGCACAAGUAUCUCAAAAUCGAGUUUACCUCUUCCGACUCCAAACAUUGAUUAUAGAUGGAGGGACUACAGUCGUCAGGAAUAUAUUUGAUGAGAAGAGCGCAAAUGUUCCACUUAAUAUUAUUCUUCAUAACGAAAAGACCACAAUAAAUCGUCUUAGGGCGAGUAAAACAAUAACUCAGACACAAUUUGAUUUGCUGUAUCCACAGAGCGGUCAGUCCCCAACUACAGCUGACUUUGAUCUCACCCUGUCUAUAUGUUUGCUAAGGAACCUGAAAUGUUGCGGUUUGAAUAAACAUUUUGUGUGGAAUGCAAUGCCACAAGCAGGAGAUACUUCACUAGAAGCAGAUAUAUGUCGAUUGAGAAUGUUUAGAAAUGAGAUAGCGCACAUUUCUUCCACGACAACUAUCACGCAGAGCACAUUCCAACAAAAAUGGUCGGAUAUUGAAAAGGUACUAAUUCGACUGAAUACAAGCGUCCAAAAUCCUGUUCAAAAUCUACAACAACAAAUGAAUACAUACAAAAACAGCCCUCUUGAUGAAGCGGCUGUAAAAAGAAUAGACAGGGAAAUCAAGAAGUGGCGCAAACUUGAGAAAGGAUUAGAAAGUGAAGUGCAACUUGUAAAGAAAGAUGUACAAGAAGUAAAACACAAGGUUGGCAACGUAAAAGACGAAGUCCACGCAGUGAAGAAACAUGUAACAGCUGAGGUUGGCAACGUUAAAGACGAAUUCCUCGCAGUAAAGAAACAUGUAACAACUGAGGUUUGCAACGUUAAAGACGAAGUCAACGCAGUGAAAAAGCAUGUAACAACUGAGGUUUGCAACGUUAAAGGAGUUGUCUCCGUAGUAACAGAAAAUGUUUACAAAAUACAAGAAGAUGUUCACGCAGUAACAGAGAAUGUUCAUGAAGUAAACGAAAAAAUUGCUGAUCUCGAAAGAGAAAACAGAACUCAGGAGCCAACCAAGAAAGCAGAAGGAAAGGCGCCGAACUUCGUACAAAGGUUUUUCCAAAGAAGAGAAUUGCGCCGGAAAAUGAAAAACCUGAAGGAAAAUUUGAUAGCUCUCUACAGGAAAAGGUACCAUACCCUACCCCUGUCACCUUUAUUUGAAGAAAACGACACGCCUCUACUGAAGUUUUACGUCAUGCCGGACAUAAAUUCAGUGAAAAUUCAGAUGGCGCCUGGAGGUAAGGAAGAAGUUAUGUCAAGGUUUACGUCCUUGCAUGAUGUGUUCUACAAGGAAAAUGAACCAUGUCAUGAAAUUUACCUUACUGCGGAUGCUGGGUUGGGUAAAACAGCGUUAAGUAAACGGUUAGUUUUGACGUGGUGUCAGGCUAAAAAAUGUAUACAAAGUGAAAAAAAAUACUUUGAAAAGGAAGAUAUAAGUGCAAUGUCAGAGUUUAAAUUUGUGUUUUUGUUGACAUUACGUGAUUGUUCCGAAGAAUACGACAUUGAUGAGAUGGUCAUUAAACAAAUAAUUCCACAGCUGGCAAACACGUCUAUAACUAUAAGAGACCUGGAAAUUAUUCUUUCUAAGAAAAAAUGCCUUGUAAUUCUCGAUGGAUUAGAUGAAUGGAAUGCGCCUGCCUGUAAACAAGGAAAAAGUGACAUUCCACACAGGAAAGUUAGGGAAUGUACAAUCCUCACAACAACCAGACCGUGGAAGCUGGGCAUUAGUAAGAUACGUUCAAGUGAAAUAGAGCGAAAAUUGGAAAUUAUCGGACUAAGUAAAACGGCUGCUGAAAGUUUAAAAAGGAGUGUGAUCUCACUACUGCGUGGUAAAACUGACCUAGAAAAACACUUACAAAACUUUGAUCGCGCUAUCAGGGAUAGAGGCAUUUCGAAUUUGGAAACUAUUCCGCUGUUACUGAUGUAUCUUUUGUGUUUAUGGUGUGAUGGAAUAGAGCUAGGAACAUGUAGAACUGAGUUAUACUGUCAAAUUGUUGAACUACUCCUAAAACGAACGUUUGAAAAACAUCCGGACAUGCAACAGUCGUGCGAACAAUCCCAGAGUGAUAUCCCACAAUGCUUCAGUGAACAUGAACAUUCUAAGACACAUUACAUACUUUUGAAGGCUUUAGGACAAUUAGCAUUUGAAACGUUAUUCAGCGAAACAAAGGAGAGCACUCUUGUGUUUAGCCAGUCAAUGACAGAGAAACACCUAACCCCAGAGUAUUUGAAACUAAGUCUUGCUUCGGGACUAUUAACACAAAGUACAGAAAAGACAUUCACAAAACAAAUUUCUAAAUUUUCAUUCUCGCAUAAAACAAUACAGGAAUUUUUCUGUGCAUUGUACAUUAGCUGUCAAAAUGAAAGUAAUGUCAAAGAAAUCUUUCUGAAGAAAUGCAAAAGUUUACGAAGUAUUCUUGACAUGUCGACAGUGCUUGUUUUCAUCAGUGGAAUGAAUGCAGAAAACAUUUCUUCAAUAUCUCGCAAUUUCAUGUCAGUAAUCAAUGAAGAUAAGAGAACUAGCGAAUACAGAACUACGACUGACCGGAACUGUGAACCUCUGAAAGACAUACAAGACAUGUACAUUUCUUGUAUGAAAGAAAUCACGAGCGAUAAGGAACUCAAAAUUUGCUGCCAAGAUUUUUUCUUUAGCUACGAUUGUGAAGAAGAAAAAUACUUUAACCAUUUAACGCAGCUCUCAGUGGACAAUAAAAACAACAUGGCGUCAAUAAAUAUCAACACAUACGUAAGAAGUAGUUUACGUAAAAUUAUUUAUUGUUGUGUUCCGUUCAACAUCAAUAAAAUAUGGUACAACGCUCAGAUUGAACACCCGCUACUUGCUGUACCGUUAAACAAGUCAACGAAAUGUCUCACUGUUAGAUCGUUAUACCCUCAUGGUUCUUGGAGCCGUGAAAUGUUGGAAACAUUACAGAAUAAUUCUCUGUUACAAGCAAUUUAUAUCUCAGACUUCAAGAUGAGUCACGAUGUGCUAAAUGACUUUCUGAAUUAUAUUAUAAACAGAAAAACAAUGACGGAGAUUAGGUUGGAGCUCUUAUCGUGUGCCGAGCACGACACGUCGUGUAGUUUCAGUCUGGAUUUUUGCCAGCAUUCAGAUCUAAGGAUGUUAGAAUUGGUCACGAUACCUGAAGUGUCACAAUUGAAAGUUAAUAGUCAAGUGGAACACGUGAAGUUGUCGUGUAUCAAUCUAGGUGAAAGGUCGCUGCCUCCUGAAAUGGGAAAUAUCAAACAUGUUGAGUUCCGGAGUGUAAACGUGUCUACUUCAACAUUACGUGAUCUCGUUAAGGUAGUGGAGAAACUUUCACACAGAGUCACAGUAUCAAUAGACGAGUGUGAGAUAAAACCGAAAACAGAGUUUGAACUAGUUAAACAAUAUAUACGCUCAUCUCAGAAUUUCCGAGUUUGGUGGGAUGUUAGGAGGUGGAGGGAGUUUUUUGUGUUUGAAACAAAAGUUGAAAGUUAGGUUACUAAAUAAACUCAGACUGAUAGUGUCAAUGUAUAUAAACAUUAUUCAUUCAAAAUAAUAUAACUCAUUACACAACACACUAACUUAUGACAUAUGUGUAACAUGUAUAUACACAUGUACAUUAUAAUUAGAAAAAAUGACAGUCGUGCGUGUUAGGCCACAGAAAAUAAAUGCUUAGAUUCUCAUCCGAAUUUUGAGGAAAAAUGGGGCGGGUGGGCACGUUUUAUUUUUUACUUUUUAAUUUGGGAAUAUUGUAUUGUGGAGGUCAAUCUGACAAAUUAUAUUUAAAAUAUCACUGUAUUAAUAUUCUAGUUUGUAUUGCUGUGUCUUUGAAAUGCUUGUAUAUGUAAAACCCAUUUUGAAAUAAUUUUGAAAUG